UGGUUCCGCUGGGAGGGCCACCUCUGCCGCUACCUGACGCUCCGCGACGACGCGGCGGACGGCACCCGGCCGCCGCUCGUGCUCGUGCACGGCUUCGGCGCGUCCGCGGACCAGUGGCGGCGCCUGGAGCGCGCGCUCCCGUCGAGCGCCGAGGGCGGGCCCGCGAAGGUCCUCGCCGUCGACAUCCUCGGCUUCGGGCUCUCGGCGAAGCCGGGCGUGAGCUACACGCAGCACCUCUGGGAGCAGUACAUCGCCGACUUCCUCGCCAUGGUCGCGCCGGGCCCCGGCGACCGCGUCGUCGUCGCGGGCAACUCCAUCGGCGGCGGCCUGUGCUCCGGCGUCGCCGCGAACAGCGACAAGGUCGCGGGGCUCGUGCUCUGCAACUCCGCGGGCGUCAUCCUCGACGACGCGAAACCGGGCCAGCUCGACGUCAAGGACGAGACGCUCCGCGGCGACCUCAAGCCCUACGGCGGGCCGCCCCAGGCCGCCCUCGACGCCUUCGGCGAGGCCGUCAUCGCGGGGCUCUGGCCCAAGAUCCCCGAGCUCCUCGUCAAGUACUACGACAACAACCCCGCGAACGCGGACGACGCGCUCGUCGCCGCCAUCAGCCGCGACGCGCUGGACCCGGGCGCGGCGAACGUCAUCGGCUCCGGCGCGAAGCUCCCGCCCCAGCGGUCCCUCAACGAGGACUUUGCGGCGUACCGCGGCCCGAUCCUCGUGCCCCAGGGCGCCUACGACGGCGUCACGGGGCCCGACCUCGCCCAGAAGCGCGCGCGGGACCUCGAGACCAUCCGGCCGGGCAUCGACGUGACCCUCCUCGACGCGGGCCACUGCCCCCACGACGAGACGCCGGACCUCGUCGCGGACGCCGUCGCCGCGUGG